GUUCAGUUGGAGUCCAUGGAGGCACUUUGAGCUGUGUGUGUGUGUCUCUGCUUUGGUCAUAACCUCAAGCUUUCCUGGAUGACUAUGAACCUUGCUGCCAUCAAUGAAGGACCACAAUACAACACACAGUUGGGGAACUUGCACCCUUGUUUCAAAAGCCAUUGACCUCCGAGAAAGGAUCGAUUCAGUUUCACUCCCAUUUGUCAAUGACGCUGAACUUUCAUGUGUCGGAUGAGCUCUUUUAUCAAGUGAGGAGAUGGCCAAGGCAUACAGACUCUAUCUAGGAAUAGCAACAGCUCUGGCCUUAUGCAAAUACUCCCUGGCAGAAUGGAACGCCACCGACGAGUCUGCCAAUCGGACUGUGUCCCACUGUCAUCGCCAUGGCAACAGAGACAAUUGCACAGCAGACACACUGAAUGGUCACUUCUCAAAAUGUCCAGAGGAACUAACAAACUACUGCAUCCACGGGGACUGUCGUUACAUUAAAGAGCAGAAGGCACCGUCUUGUAGGUGUCUGCAUGGUUACAUUGGUGCCAGGUGUGAAUAUGUGGACCUGGACUCGCGGAUAGGAGAGAAACGACAAAUCAUAAUCGCCUGUAUCAUCACUGGGCUCAUCUUCCUCAUUCUUCUUAUUGUUUUCAUCUGCAUUUGUUCACAUCGUAGGUGCAGAUCGUGUUGGCAGAGGAGAAGACGGAGGGAAGAACCAAGGAACGGGACAGAGAAGCUCAGUAUGAUGGACACCAGUGCAACACACACACCCUUAAAAGCAGACUCAACAGAGCAACCACAUACCAAUGCUGUAUGAGGAGCGUGUGUGUGUGUAUGAGUACGUGUGCAACCACAAGUCUGGGAAUUGUAUAAACAUGAGGGAUUUUGUCCUUUGUGUGACAGCUGCUGCCUUUUGUCUCACAGUGACGGCAGCAUGCUAUAGGAGGUCCCUCUAUGUUGGACAUGACUGAGGCCUGUUCAAAGGAAGGAUAUAUCUGGGUAAAAGCAGUGUUAGAUCACAAAGGAGCACAGGAGUAUGCACCUUCCUUUUAAAGUGCAGCCUUGUCUGAAACUUGGAGGAAGCUUCAUAACAAAGAAGAUGCUGUCCUGGAUUUAUGGUAAACACAAAGUUUGGAGAUGAGCGUUCAGCUGGUUCUGUGUUGGCAAAGGCACGUUUUUUCCAAAUGGCAUGGAGCCACAUCUACUUGUAACCUUUCACUUAGCACUAUUGCCUGCACAGCGCAAAAUAAAUUGCUGCUAUGCUGGAAAAAGCUGUGACUACAGCUGGCGGCCAGCAAUGACAGUUAAUCAGUUGGCUGGUCUGCGUGGGAGGCACUUAGACACUGAAAAAUGAUUGGAAAAGGACUGUGUGAAGACACUACACUCCGUGUUCUCUUUGGGGAACUCUUGUCACAUAAAAUAAAUCAUUAAAUGUGUAGAAAUAUGCAAUAUUACGAGACCAGCAGCUACAGAAUGCUGUUUCAGUAUGCUGUAUCGUUGUGUCAUACUGUUUCUGAUUUGUUUACUGCUUUUUUCCCCCCACAUAAUCACCAGUUAUCAUUUAUUCCUCUAUCCAUGGCAUACAGGAUAUUGUUACUCAUUAAUAUUAGCAAUCUAAGAAGACUCUUUUGUAUACUAAAGGUUGCAUUUCUGGACUCCCGGGUUGGAGGAGGACAAGGAGAACUUGUGCUGGAGGCUUUUUUGAACUGUAUAUUUGGAGCCGAGCAGCCUCCGAGGAACAGCCGAGCCUGUGUGUGGAGGCUCCUCUGUAUGAAAGUGCUCCACUGUAUGAGACAGUUUCUAAACUGUCAGGCUUUCACCGGGUUUUUAAAUGUGUAUCUGCAUGUGUAUUAACUCUGCAUCUCAAUGUAGAAUGAAGAGCGUUUGGAGAACUUAAGUCAGUGAACACUGUUUAUAUGUCACCUAUCAAUAAAUGUCUACUGUUUA